AUGACGAAAUAUGAUUCUAUGGUUCACCAACAAUUUCAUCAUCGUUCUCGAACAAUAUCAGUUCGAAACUGUUUUCGUAUUCAAACAUAUUUAAAUUUUUACUCAAAAUUACAUUAUACUCUAUUUCGUUGGUCAAAACGUUUUUAUAUCUAUACAUUUUUAUUUACUAUUAUUAUUACGGCUUAUGUGUCAUAUAAUAUUGAAUUUGGUGUAUUGUAUAAUUUAAGACAUAUGAAACCUGAAACACCGUCAAUUAUCAAUUAUCGUCAAAAAUUAAUUAGUAAACAAAAAAAAGAACAAUCAGAUGCAUACAAUUGGUUACAACAAUUAUAUGAACAAUCUUCAACAAAUAAAUUAUUUACAAAUAAUCAAUCUACAUUUUAUAAUUAUAUAAAUACAUCUGUUUCAACAUCGUCGGAUUACUACCUAUUAAAUUAUAAUAAAACGACAACAACAAAAGUUACUCAGUCAGAUAUGAUCGUAAUAACAAUAUUGUAUAGUUCAAAUGGUAAUGAUCGACAAGAAGGAAAAUUUUACAUCGGUCAAGUAUUAAAAACACUAUUAGAACAAUACGAUGAUCCACGAAUAAUUGUAACAAUAUGUGAAAAUAGUCAUUAUAAUGAUGAACAACUACAACAUAUCGGUGAUGAAAUAAAAUUAAUUCGAAAAUUAGUUCCUGUGUAUAUUGUUAAUGCUCAAGCAAUACAUACUCAUUCAUUAAACAUUGAAUUAAACGAAUAUGAACGAGAAAAACAGGCACAUUUAAAAUGUUUAAAAGCUAAUUUUGAAUCAUUUACAUCUUCUGAUUAUGUAUUAUUGUUACAAGAUGAUGCAAAACCUAUUGACAAAAUAUUUUUAAAUACUCUACUCUAUUUAAUUGAUCAACGAUUUAAACAAUGGAAAGAGAAACCGGCAUUUCUUAAAAUAUAUCAUCCGAGAUGGUUAAUUGAUUAUGCAAAACAUCCAUCAGUCUAUAUUAUUGUUCAAUUAUUAGCAAUGAGUCUACUUUUAACAUUUAUUGUUUACACCUUUUUACAUUAUCACUAUUAUCCUACACCAAUAGUAGACGAUACACAAAUGAUAAAAUCAAAUGCUUAUGAAAAAGAUUUAAAAUUAUUAUGUCGUUUUGUAUGUAGUAAUGAAAAUAUAAAUUAUUUUCUCUUUUAUUUUCUAUUAAUUAUAUCCGUUUUAUUUCUAUUAAAUCAUUCAAAUAUAUCUUGGCCAUGGCGUCGUUUACAUCCCAGUUUAUAUUCAAUUUAUGAUGCUCCAUCUUGUUGUAUACCAGGUGUAAUUUAUUUUCGUCAAACUUAUUCGUAUGUUCAUGAUUAUCUCUAUCAGACACAAUGUAAAGAGAGUUAUGCAAUUGAUACCGUUUUAGAUAAUCUACCAGAACAUUAUGAUUAUACAUUGAAGACAUUACUUUUAGAACCAAAUCUUGUACAUCAUAUUGGAUUAUAUUCACGAUUAAGACAGUCAUAUAUUAAUCCAUAUUUAAUAGACUAG